CCUCUCUCUCUCUCUCUCUCUCUCGAGGGUGUGUUGCUUUCUAUGAAAGAGAGAGAGACUCUCACAACACACACAGACACAAACACAGUUAUGUGUGAUUUUCAUAUAUCUACACACAUAAAACCACAAUACAUGUCACAGUUGAAAGAACUCCAUCUUCCUUUUUAAAAUAUUUUAUAUUGCUGCAAGAUAGUUCAACUCUUUUUCCAGAAGGCGAUUGCAGAGACAUACAUACAGAGAAAGGAAAAAAGAAAAGAGGAGAGAAAGAGAAAGAUAAAGAAACGACAGCCUCAGAAACAACAGACAACAGAGAAAUAGAGAGAGACACUCACACAGCUUUGGCUUUCAAAUCCCACGAAGAGAAAACGAUAUCUGAGAACCCUUUGUACCCCUUUACCGACCUACUGCAAUUCUUAUGAGACACAUGAGCAGAAAAGAGAUGAUGAAGAAGAAGACAACGCUGCCAUGGGUAUAGCAAUAACAACAACACCUCGUCCAUGUGAUACGUCUCAUAAUUCAAAGGUUCAAAAAUAUCAAAUUCAUCAAGUCUCGGAAAAUCCCAAUUCUAUGUCCCAAGAUUAUCAUCAUCACAGUCUCUUCAGUUUCCCAAAUGGGUUCGAGAGAACACAAGCCGAACAGCAGCACCAGCAACAACAGCAGCAACACAUGGCCGCGCAACAGAUCCGUCGAGAUAAAUUACGAGUGCAAGGGUUCGAACCCGCACCGUUUGAAGAAGAAACGAGUGGUCUUCCAGCAGUUUAUGAGACAGCUGGAAUGUUAUCUGAAAUGUUUAACUUCCCUCCUGGAACCGCAAACGCAACUGAAUUAUUAGAAACUCAAUUCAAUCCGAAUUAUAGACAGCCCAACCCGAAUCCACGACCACAACAAAUUCAUGCCACGGCCAUGGGGAACGAGUGGUUCGGGAACAGACAAGGUAUGGUAGUAGGUGGAGGUGCAAGUCAUCCAUUUGGAUAUGCAAAAAAUCAUAGUACUCCUAACAAUCAGAGUAUUAAUGCAGCCGAGUCCAUGCAACUUUUCCUUAUGAAUCCAAAGCCAAGGUCACCCUCACCAUCUCCUCCUAAUUCAAAUUCCUCUACGCUUCACAUGUUGUUACCGAACCCAUCAUCUACUUCAACACUUGAAGGGUUUCCCAAUCCGACUGAAGGAUCUUUUGGUCAAUUCAUGUCAUGGGGGAACGGAGGAGCAAGUGCCACCACCACAACCAAUCAUCAUCUCAAUACCCCAAAUGCAAUCGGAGGAUUAAACGUCGUAGAAAGCCAAGGACUUUCUUUAUCUUUGUCAUCUUCGUUACAGCACAAGGCCGAGGAAUUACAGAUGAGUGGGGAAGCUAGUGGAAUGUUGUUUUUCAAUCAACAAGGAGUUGGAGGAGGGUCUAGUUCUGGACAAUUUCGAUACAAGAAUUCUAAUAUAGGUGGAUCAGGAGUAAGCCAAGACAUUCAUCAAGUCCAUGUUGGGUAUGGGUCUUCAUUGGGAGUGGUCAAUGUGUUGAGGAAUUCCAAGUAUGCGAAAGCUGCCCAAGAACUGCUGGAAGAAUUCUGCAGUGUUGGGAGAGGCAAAUUCAAGAAGAAUAACAAAGCAUCUUCCACGAACCCUAAUUCGAACCCUAGUGGUGGCAAUAACGGUGGCGGUAACAAUGAAUCUUCACAAGAUCUACCUCCUUUAUCAGCUGCUGAUAGGAUUGAGCAUCAGAGAAGGAAGGUCAAACUUUUAUCUAUGCUUGAUGAGGCACAUAGGAGGUACAAUCAUUACUGCGAACAAAUGCAGAUGGUUGUAAAUUCGUUUGAUCUCGUGAUGGGUUUCGGUGCGGCAGUUCCCUAUACAGCACUUGCACAAAAAGCCAUGUCAAGACACUUCAGGUGUUUAAAAGAUGCAAUAGCAGCACAAUUGAAGCAAAGCUGUGAGCUGUUGGGAGAGAAAGAUGCAGGAACUUCGGGAUUGACUAAAGGAGAAACUCCGAGGCUUAAGAUGCUUGAACAAAGUUUGAGGCAGCAAAGGGCCUUUCACCAAAUGGGAAUGAUGGAACAAGAAGCUUGGAGACCCCAAAGGGGCUUACCUGAACGUUCUGUCAACAUUUUGAGAGCUUGGCUUUUUGAGCAUUUUCUCCACCCGUAUCCAAGCGAUGCUGAUAAGCAUCUGUUGGCAAGACAGACUGGUCUCUCCAGAAACCAGGUAUCAAACUGGUUCAUAAAUGCCAGGGUGCGGUUGUGGAAACCGAUGGUAGAAGAGAUGUAUCAACAAGAGGCCAAAGAAGAAGAGGGAGAUGAUAAUGAGAGAGAGCAAAGCCAAAGCCAAAACAGUGGCAAUAAUGCACAAACACCAACGCCUAAUAUGAGUAACUCUUCUUCUACUAAUAUGACAACAACUACUACAACAACAGCCCCUACAACUACGACAGCACUAGCUGCCCCUGCAGAGACAGGAACAGCUGCCAUUGCCAUAACAGUUACCUCAAGCAAAAGAUCCCAAAUCAAUGCCCAUGAUAAUGACCCUUCACUUGUUGCAAUCAAUUCCCAUACUUCCUUCUCGGAAAACCAAGCAUCUUUUCCGACCAACAUUCAUAAUCCCGACCCCGCCGCUUGCCGUCGCGGCAACUUUGCCGGUGACGAAAAUAAUUAUGGGACCACCCCAAAUACUGAUAAUAUGGGAUCCACCAUGAUAAGAUUUGGGACCACCACUGGUGACGUGUCACUCACCUUAGGGUUACGCCAUGCAGGAAAUUUACCCGAGAAUACUCAUUUCUUUGGUUAAUUAAAGAUUAUACUGCCAUAGUAAUUAAUUAGACCGAAUUU